CUCUGAUCUGACGAUGCCGUCCUCGAUCUCGACUCUCUAGACGUCGCACGCACCUCGUUCCCGUCCAGUCCACCCGCUCGCCCGCCGGGCCAACCGCCUCACCCACGCCUCUUUACGCAUUACGCGCGUCGCAUCGCCGCAGCUCCCAGGGCGUCGCCGCCCUCGCCCCGAUCCGCCGCCCACCAUGUCCCGCCCCGAAGAUACCCUGUACGUUGCUUUUCUGCGCCCGGAAUAGCCGCCUUCCUUCCCUCUUUCCUCUUCCCUCCUUCCCACGGCCCACGCCGUAUGGGGCAGCGGAUGGGACAACGUGGGCAAAAGCGCAUUGAACGGACCCUCGCCCGACUAACGCUCCUCCUCCUUCUGCAGCGCCGCCGACGUGCACUACGACGAUGUCGAGGCCCGCAAGUACACGACCUCGUCGCGCAUCCAAAACAUCCAGGCCAGCAUGACGCGCCGGGCCCUCUCCCUGCUCGACCUGCAGCGCCCCUCGCUCGUCCUCGACGUCGGCUGCGGCUCCGGCCUGUCGGGUGAGAUCCUCUCGUCGCUGGACCCGGACGAGGGCGGCCCGCACACGUGGAUCGGCAUGGACCUCUCCCCGAGCAUGCUCGACGUGGCCCUCCAGCGCGACGUCGAGGGCGACCUGAUGCUCGCCGACAUGGGCCAGGGCGUGCCCUUCCGCGCCGGCACCUUCGACGCCGCCAUCUCCAUCUCCGCCGUGCAGUGGCUCUGCAGCGCCGAGACGAGCGACACCAGCCCUGCGGGCCGCCUCUCCCGCUUCUUCAAUGGCCUCUACGCCUCGCUGCGACGCGGCGGCCGCGCCGUCUGCCAGUUCUACCCCAAGAACGACGAGCAGCGCAACAUGGUCACCCAGGCCGCCGUCAAGGCCGGCUUCGGCGCCGGCAUUCUCGAGGACGACCCCGGCACCAAGAACGUCAAGAUCUACCUCGUCCUCACCGCCGGCACCAGCGACGACGCCGGCGGCCGCGGAGGCGACAUUACGGGCGUCGUCGCCGGCAUGGACGGUGUCGACGUCAUGGACGCCCGCAAGAAGCUCAAGGCCAACAACUCAAAGGCCCACAAGGGUAGCAAGGCCUGGAUCGUCAAGAAGAAGGAGCAGAUGGAACGCAAGGGCAAGGUGGUCAAGGCCACGUCCAAGUACACCGGCCGCAAGCGCCGGCCCAACUUUUAAGCCUUGCCCCUUGUUGCUUUUGCUUGACGAAGGAGUGGGUUUUGUUACCGGCAUGGCGUUUGGCGCAGGGUUAGGAUGGUACUGAAGCCUUUGGCAUGACAAGACAUCUAGACACGACGAUUUCGUAGAUGCAUUUAUGGGUGGAAUAGAUACCCUGAUUUCCAC